ACAUUUUCAUCUGAUCAUCCCAAAUAAAAAUUUCCCAGCAAAAAAAUGAUGAUGACCCACCACAAUAUAGGUCCAUUGGUAUGGUCAAGAGCAAUCUAUGCCUUUGAUCACCACCCAUUUCGACGACGAAAUUUCUCCAAAGAAAUUUUCCCCUUAAAAAAAAUAAACAAGUUUUUUUCUCCAGCAUCUCCACCUGGGUGUUUGUUUUUGUCUUCCUUAAUUUGUUUGUCUAUUCUCAUUUCACUCUCUUUAGCCCCACUUCCACUUCCACUGCCACCAUCUUUUCUGUCUUCUAACUAAAGAAAAUCCCACUUCUGUUUUAUUUUCUGUCUUCUCUCCUAACUGUACUCUUUUCUUUCUUCUUCAUUUCUGUCAAUGGAUCGCACUGAUAGGCAGCAACUUCCCCUGUCUAAAAACUCUCGACAGCGUUCCAACGAAUGGAUAUUUAGGGAUGUUCCGAGUGAUAUCACCUUAGAAGUUCCAGGAGGGACAUUUGCACUUCAUAAGUUUCCACUAGUCUCUCGUAGUGGGAGAUUACGCAAGUUAGUGGCUGAUUACCGAGAUUCUGAUAUAUCAAAGAUUGAGCUUCCCAACCUACCUGGAGGUGCUGAAUCAUUUGAGUUGGCAGCAAAGUUCUGCUACGGCAAUAACUUUGAGAUCACACCAGCUAAUGUUGCACAACUCUGUUGUGUCUCUGAUUACCUCGAAAUGACAGAAAAUUACUCGAAAGACAGUCUUGGGUCUCGAGCUGAAGAAUACCUUGACAGUGUUGUCUGCAAAAACCUAGAGAUGUGCGUCGAAGUUCUAAAGCAAUGUGAAAACCUUCUUCCACUGGCUGAUGAGCUGAAAAUUGUUGGCAGAUGCAUUGAUGCAAUAGCCUCCAAGGCAUGUGUGGAGCAGAUUGCUUCAAGUUUCUCAAGGUUGGAGUACAGUAGCUCAGGGAGGCUCAACCUAAGUCGGCCUGUGAAAUGUGAAGGGGACUGGUGGAUUGAGGAUCUUUCAGUCCUUCGAGUAGACUUCUACCAGAGAGUCAUAUCAGCGAUGAAAUGUAGAGGGGUUAGACCCGAGAGUGUAGGUGCCUCACUUAUAAAUUAUGCAGAAAAAGAGUUGACAAAGAAAGCCAGCUUGUGGAAUGCUUCUGGUCAAACAAGAACUGACAUUAUUGCUGGGUCUGGCAGCCAUGAAAGAACCGUGGUUGAAACUAUUGUUAGUCUCUUACCCGUAGAGAAACUGGUUGUACCACUUAGUUUCCUUUUCGGGCUUCUGAGAAGUGCUAUUUUGCUGGACUGUUCUGUUGCUUGCAGGCUUGAUUUAGAGAGAAGGAUCGGAUCCCAAUUAGAUAUGGCCACUUUGGAUGAUCUUUUGAUCCCUUCCUUUCGUCAUGCUGGAGAUACUCUAUUUGAUGUGGACACUGUUCACAGGAUCUUGGUUAACUUUUGCCAGCAAGAUGAUAGUGAAGAAGAAUUGGAAGAUGUCUCGGUUUUUGAAUCAGAUAGUCCUCAAUCACCUUCUCAGGGUGCUCUGUUCAAAGUCUCAAAGCUGGUGGACAAUUACCUUGCUGAGAUUGCACCGGAUGCAAACCUCAAACUUAACAAGUUCUUGGUCAUUGCAGAAGCUUUGCCAGCACAUGCACGAACCAUUCAUGACGCGUUAUAUAGAGCCAUUGACGUUUAUCUCAAGGCACAUCAGGGAUUAUCAGAUGCAGACAAGAGAAAGCUUUGCAAAAUGAUUGAUUUCCAGAAGCUCUCACAAGAAGCAGGCGCACAUGCAGCUCAAAAUGAGCGGCUUCCUCUACAAUCAAUAGUCCAAGUACUCUAUUUUGAGCAGCUAAGACUCCGGAAUGCCUUAGGAUGCUCUCUCCCCGAAGAGGAACCUAAGCCAAUGUUUCAUUCGUGGCGUGUCAAUAGUGGAGCUCUGAGUGCAUCAAUGUCUCCCAAAGACAACUAUGCAUCACUAAGGAGAGAAAAUCGAGAGCUAAAGCUCGAGCUAGCUCGUAUGAGAAUGAGACUGAAUGAUUUGGAAAAGGACCAUGUUUGUAUGAAGAGGACCAUGCAAAAAUCUGGUUCCCGUAAAUUUAUGAGCUCUUUUUCAAAGAAACUUGGGAAACUAAGCUUCUUUGGACACAGUUCAUCCAGGGAAUCGAGUUCUCCUACUCCUUCAAGGCAGUCACAGAGGACAGAUUCUAAGGUGACUGAUAGAACGUAUUAAUGUUCUUGCAUGAGCAACGCAUACUAGGGCUUUUCAGCUUCUUCUUUCUUGCUAGUUGCCUCCCUGUGCCACUUAAUUUUGUAUAUGAGUUUGAGCUUUUAACUUAGUGAUCACAUUUCUUCUUCAAUUCGGAAUGUUAUAAAGAAAUGGAAAUUUUUGUAUGAUA